AUGAUCGGCGACGACGACCACCCCACCACCCCGCCGCCCUCUCCGCCGCCGAUCGCGCCAGCUCCGUCCCCGAGCCUCGGCCUUGGGAGGCGCCUGCUCGGCUCCAUCCGGGCCCUCUCCUCCGCCAUCGCCCUGCCCUCCACUCCCGCCGCCGCAUCCUCCUCCUCCUCCUCCUCGCCCAGCCUCGGGCUCAGCCUCCUGCUCCACCUCAAGCCCGACCUCCACCUCCACCACCAGGAACCCCCUCCACCCUCGACCCCCGCCUCCGCCUCCGCAUCCGCCUCCCUCCUCCGCCACCACCAGGACCACGACCAGGAGCAGGACCAGGCCGCUCCAGCCCACGCUCCCAGGGCCAAGAGGGCUCUCCACCUCCUUCCUCAAACCCCCACGACAUCGCCAUCGCCAUCGCUCGCUCCUUCCGCUGCCGCUGCCGCUGCCGUGCAACACCACCAGGUGGAGCAAUCUAGUACCACUUAUGGUGACUUGGGAACAGCCAUGGAGAAUGAUGCUGCUGCUGCUGCUGUGCAAGUUCAAGAGCAAGUGGUGGAGCAGCAAGAUGCCACCCAGCCAAGGGAUGAAGAUACUGCUGCCGAGGGACAAGAGACGCCGGGAGCUCAUCAGCCGGGAUCAACUGAGAAUGCUGAUGAUGCUGUGCAAGUUCAAGAGGAAGGUGAAACCGCAGAUGCCACUGCUGUACAUGACCAUGACAAGGCAGUGGAGCAAUGCACCACUGCUGAUGACUUGGGAACAACCAUGGAGAAUGAUGUUGCUAAGGAUGAUCAGGAGGUGCUGGAGCAAGGUGUCAUUGACCAAGGGGAUGCAAGUACCAUAGAUGCUGUCAAAGAUCAUGAGGUGCUGCUGCUAGGUGCCGUGGAAGGAACGCGCGCUACCACAGAUGGCAUUGCUGCUGUCGAGGAUCAAGGGAAGAAUGUGGAGCAAUGUACCACUUAUUCUGACCUGGGAACAACCAUGAAGAAUGAUGAUGCUGUGGAUGACAAGCAGGUGGUGGAGGAAGGCGUUGUCGAUUUAACCAUGGAUGAUGAUGAUUCUGUCAAACAUCACAAGCAGCAAGGUAUCAUUGACGGAACCGAUGACAUUGCUGUUGAGAAACAAGAGAAAGUGCUGGAGCAAUGUUCAAGAGCAACUACGGAUCAGUACACUGUCAAAGAAAAGGAGAUGGUGGUGGAGCAAGGCGUCAUUGACCCAAAGUACAUGGAUCUUGCCACGGAAGAUCAGGUUAAGUUGUCGAUCAUAGACGACCAUGGUACAGUGCCCAUGGAUAAUAUUGUGGUGAAAGACCAGGAUAAGGCAGUGGUGCAAUAUGCCAGCGAUGCAAUAGUAACAAUCAAGGAUGAGAGUCCUGUGGAGGAACAUGAUACAGUGGGGAAUCAAGGUGUCAUCGACAAAAAUGGCAGAACCAAGGAUGAUAUUGAUGUGGAGGGACAUGGCUAUGUGAAUGAACAGGUCAUCGUCGAUAACUGGGGUACAUCCAGUGAUGCUACUGCUUUGGAAGGUCAGAAGAAUGAGGCUGAGCCACGCAUCGGUGAUGAACAGAUAGCAGGCAAGGACAUGGAUGGUGUUCAUGCUGAGGGGAACAUGUUGGAGCAAAGGACCAGCAAUAAACAGGGAGCAACACAGUCUGAUUUCACUGUUGAUAAGCACAAGGAUGUAGCGGAGUGUGUCCGCCAUGAGUGGGGUGCACCUGAGGAUGAUCUUGCUAUGGACAGGACAGCUUACCAAGGUACCGGAGAUUGGGGUAUAGUUAGCAAGGAGAAGUAUACGUUGCCUGCUAGAAGAUAUCCACAGAAGCCCAGAAAACUUAACUGCCCCUCUUACAUGUCAAAAGGGACCUGCACAUACGGGCCCUCAUGCCACUUCAAUCACCCACCGCAGCUUAAAUCUAGGUCAGAUGAAUCAUGGCGUCCCUCUGAACGAAGAAACCAUGGCGCUGCAGAAAUUCUGGAACUGAACCGCCUUGGCCUUCCCAUUCGUGAAGGAGCAAGAAACUGUGACUACUAUAUGCGAACUGGUGCUUGCAGAUAUGGCAAAAACUGCCAUUUUAACCAUCCAGACCAUGUCAUUGAUGCUCAGUUUAGUCCACCAACAGGGUGGGAGGAUAAUGCUUUGCAAAUGGAGAAAUCUUCUGAUCAUACAUUAGAUGAGACAUCACGCAUGAAGAAAUCUUCCGAUGGUGCGACCUUCGAUGACAGAUCACACAUGAAGAAAUCUUCCGAUGAUGCGACCUUAGAUGACAGAUCACACUUGAAGAAACCUUCCGAUGGUGCGAUCGUAGAUGACACAUCAUACUCAAAGAAGUCUUCUGACCAUGAGAACUCUUCUAGCUCUGGUGUCCUGCCACCAAGCAUAUUUAGAAUGCUUCUACCUCCCCAAAAAGUACUGCCUGGCACGGAAGGAAAGGCGAAAAAGAAGUCAGACUGGUCAUCAGACGAUUCCGAUGGUUGCUGUUCAGCAGAUAGUUCAGAUGGACCUUUGUGCAAGCAGGGGGAGCACGUGGAUUACCCUGAGAGGCCUGGCAGACCAGAAUAUCACCGCCCAAAACAGUCAAAAUACAAAGAAGAGGUAAACUAUCCCGAGAGGCCUGGCAAACCAGAUUGCCCCUUCUACAUGAGAUUUGGUGAUUGUAAAUUUGCAUCAGCGUGCAACUAUCACCACCCAAAAGACAAAUACCCAGCUGGGAGACCUGAUGAACCAGAAUGCCCAUUCCUUAUGAAGCGUGGGUACUGUAAACUUAGGGCACAAUGUAAGUUUUAUCACCCAGAGGCUUCGAGCCCAACAGAUGCAAAAAGAUCUGUUACCACUGAUGAACAUCAUCCAUCUACAAGAACCACAUUACAAGACUAUAUGCUUCCCCAGCAACCGCAGUAUCCUGAGAGGCCUGGUCAGCCAGAGUGCCGGUACUACUUGCAGUUUGGGAAAUGCAAAUAUCUGUCUGCAUGUAUAUUUCACCAUCCAAAAGAUAGACUUGCAGCUCACUCUGAUCAGAUUGGACCUGGCAUGCCAGAUUGUCCUUUCUAUAUGAAAGCUGGGAAAUGUCAAUUUGGAUCAGCAUGUGAAUUUCGUCAUCCCAAAGAUAUACAUUCAAGUUCAACUGCAGAGGAAGCAUUUGAUAAGAGAAGUGGGUCGGGGGCGUAUGAUAGUUUGACAAGGUCAGAUAAUGGCGUGGAGCAACAAGAAGAGAGCAUCAUGUAUCCUGAAAGGCCAGGUGAACCCGAGUGUAACCACUACAUGAGGCAGGGGUACUGUAAGUUCCAGAUGAACUGCAAGUACCAUCAUCCAGGAGACCGGCUGUCUAAGAAACAGUAUUGA